AACAGAAGAGUGUUCAUAACCUGUCUGUGUUUGUGCUCCUCCCCCUCUCUUGCUCACUGUCUCUCUCUCUCUCUCUCUCUCUAACACACACACACACACACACACACACAUACAUACAGAACCAAGUAACUCCUCAUUCCAGAGAAAACAAAUCUGGUCUCUCGCUGUUUGUGAGUUCCGGAAAAUGGCUGAGGCCAGUAUUUCAGUAGAUCAGGAUCAGUUCAUCUGUCCAGUGUGUCUGGAUCUCUUGAAGGAUCCGGUGACUAUCCACUGCGGUCACAGUUUCUGUAAGGUGUGUAUUAAUGGCUGCUGGGAUCAGGAGGAUCAGAGUGGAGUUUAUAGCUGUCCUCAGUGCAGAGACACUUUCACUCCAAGGCCUGUUCUACGCAGAAACAACAUGCUGGCUGAAGUGGUGGAGAAACUGAAGAAGACUGAAGUCCAAGCUGCUUCUCCUGCUCACUGUUACACUGGACCUGGAGAUGUGGAGUGUGAUUUCUGCACUGGGAGAAAACACAAAGCCGUCAAGUCCUGUCUGGUGUGUGUGGCUUCUUUUUGUGAAACUCACCUGAAACCUCAUCUUGAAAUUCCUGCUUUGAAAAAACACAAGUUAGUCGAAGCUUCUGGAAAUCUACAAGAGAAGAUCUGCUCUGAACAUGAUAAAGUGCUGGAGAUCUACUGUCGUACUGACCAAAGCUUCAUCUGUUAUCUGUGUACGAUGGAUAAACACAAAAGCCACAACACCGUCUCAGUUAAAGCUUACAGAACUGAGAAAGAGAGUGAGUUAAAGGAGGAUCAGAUGAAAUUCCAGCAGAGAAUCCAGGAGAAGCAGAAGAAGGUGCAGGAGCUGAAACAGACUGUGAACACUAUAAAGCUCAGUGCACAGACAGCAGUAGAUGACAGUGAGAUGAUCUUUACUGAGAUGAUCAGCUCCAUGGAGAAAAAGCGCUCGGAGGUGACGGAGCUGAUCAGAGCUCAGGAGAAGGCUGAACUGAGUCGAGCUGAACGACUCCUGGAGCAACUGGAGCAGGAGAUUGCUGAUCUUCAGAAGAGAGACACUGAGAUGGAGAAGCUUUCACACACACAUGAUCACAUCCACUUCCUCCAGGAAAUAAAGGCUUUAGUCUCUGGUCAUCGCUCUCCCCUAUUUGAGAGACCAGAUUUUCAGUCAGAUCUCUGUGAGGACUCAUCCAGCAUCACUGUCAAUCAACAUCUCUCAUUUGAUGGAGUGAGGAAAUCUCUCUCUGAUCUGAAAAAGAGACUGGAGGAAAUCUUCCAGGAGGAAUUCAUCAAAAUCCCUGAACAUGUUAAAUACGCUCAAAUUUUACUCUCAGAGCCAAAGAGCAGAGACGAGUUUCUGAAAUAUUUCUGUGAUCUGACUCUGGAUCCCAACACAGUAAAUUAUAACCUCAUUCUGUCUGAGAAGAACAGAGCGGUGAAGAGCAGUGAGAGAAAGCAACGAUACUCUGAUCAUCCAGAGAGAUUUGAGUCCUACAGUCAGGUGUUGAGUAAGGAGAGUGUGUGUGGACGCUGUUACUGGGAGGUGGAGUGGAGCAGUGAGGAUUGUGUGAACAUUUCAGUCUCAUAUAAAGACAUCAGCAGGAAAGGACGGGGUGAAGAGUGUUGGUUUGGAGGCAACAAUCAGUCCUGGAGUCUGCAAUGUUCUUCUUGUUCUCUUACUUUCUAUCACAACAACAUUAAGACUGAUCUCAGAGUUCCAUCAUCCUCCAGAAUAGGAGUUUAUGUGGAUCACAGUGCAGGAACUCUGUCCUUCUACAGCGUCUCUGACACCAUGAAGCUCCUCCACAGAGUCCACACCACAUUCACUCAGCCUCUAUACGCUGGAUUCAGGCUCUCCUGGGAUACUGUGUCUAAAUCAGGAUUAUCUGUGAGAUUGUGUGAUCCAAAAAAAUAAUGGGUUUGCGGUGUUUUAUGGUCAGUUAUGUGUCACUAAAUAAACUCCAUGCAUGUUUUCUCAUUGAUCCUCAACUGUGAAAAAAAGUGUUAAUGUUAAAUCAUUAAAAAAAAAUGAACAUUAAAAUAUUGACUUUAGCCUCAUUCUAUGAUCAUUGGUUACAUGUAAAGAAAAUUAAACUGUAAGAUCUGAUCAUACUGAUAAUGAUAUAAUGAUUUCUACAGAUUUACUGAAAUUGGUGUAGCAGAAUGUCUAAAUGUACUAUAAAGUCUGUAUUUAUUGGGGUUUAUGUCUGGAAAUAUGAUCAUUUGUAAAAA